CUUGAAGAUCUACGGCAUCUUAUGGGCCAUGCCUGGUGGAGGACUGUGCGACCAGGUAACUGCCGAGUUCCAGUCUCGUAGCGUCGGCUCGCAAUGAGCAUGCUGCAGGACCCGCUGGCGGAUGGUGGGUCCACCUCGUCCUUCUCACCUAUAACUCCCCGUGCGUUCUCCGUGGGCCAGCGGAUCUCACAUCACCAUUCGCGCGGCACCGUGCGCUUCGUUGGUGCUCUGGGUGCCUCUUCAAAUGGUGGUCGUGUUCCUUCGGGUACUUGGCUCGGCGUCGAAUGGGACGACCGGAGGCGAGGGAAGCAUUGGGGAGAGUAUGGCGGUUGGAGCUACUUCGAGUGCCUGUACCACUGUCAAACGUGUGAUUCUGAGGGCAAGGACGCUUCUGGAGAUCGGCAGAAAGAGAGAGCUUCAAAAAUUACAAGCUCCCCAGCAGCGGCAGCGACCAGCACAGCACACACAUUUGGGCCAGCAUCAUUUUUACGGCCCACCGCUUCAGGUCUGAUCACUGGCGCGUCUGUCCUUCAAGCCCUGCGCGACAAGUAUGCACCCAACCCGAAGGAACGUUCCACCACUCUUUCCCCUAGCGAAAGGCAGAAUGCGCAGUACAGCCGCAAGAAUCUUGCUGAGAUCGAGAUCGAGAUUCCCUAUCUGGACAAGGUUGUGCGCAAAGUGGGCAGGCUGGAUAGACUGCGUAACGUCGCGCUACAAGGAAAGAUUGAGCACUUUCCCGAGGCUGAAGGUGGAGCUCAGUCUGGGAGUUUCCCUGUGGAAGCCCCUGGCAACGACGAGACGGAGGAAGAAGAGCGUCUGCUUGUCUCUUGCGCUUUUGAUCAGCUCACAGGAGAAAAUGAAGGUGAUAUCCAGAAGGCAUGUCCAAACAUCACUGUCCUGGACCUUUCCAACAACCUUCUUUCGACAUGGCAGGACGUCUCUGCAAUCUGGGCAGAGCUUCCCCUGUUGGAAAGUUUCAUCCUGGCCGGCAACCGAUUAACCCGUCUUCCCACCCUACCUACUGCACCAGCGCUCACACUGGCGCCGAAGCUGAAAGAGCUCAAUCUAGACUGCACCCUCGUGGAUUGGCCAGACGUCGUGCGGGUCGUGACGAGCAGCAUGCCUGCGCUUGAAGAGCUUAGCUUCGCAGGCAACAAAGCACGGCGGCUCAGUCUCGAUUCGUGCAGCGCCACAAGAAACACAUCUGCUGGGUCGGUGAUAUCACCACACACCAAGCUGCGCACGAUCAACCUAGCUGGAAACGAGCUGAGCGAUUGGGCCGGUGAUAUCGUCACGUUCAUCGCGACCGUAUUUCCAAGGCUUGUGCGCCUAAACCUCUCGCACAACAGGCUGGCGGCGAUCGUGCCUCCGCCACAGCAUCUUCAACAACAGAUCAGUAAGCUGCCGGAGGCAGAUACCAACACACCUGGCGAUCAAAGAACACCACCCUUACCUGCAUCGCUGCUGGCGCAUGUGAACAUUUCAAAUAACCCGGGUUUGCACACAUGGGCCGACCUGGAAGCGCUGGAUGAGUGGGUGCGCGUCGCAAAUACAGACGGGAAGCUGGAAGACCAGGAGGGUGAGUAUCUACAAGGAGCGACACGUGGCGCGCCAUCAGGCAUAAAAACCUUGGUGCUUGACCUUGGCUCGGAGGUCACUCGACUUUCUUUGGAUUCGGAUGCGCAGCCUCAUGGCACCUCCGCCAGCUCUGCGGUAAGCAAAGAGGCGGACGAGGACGAACUCCACCCGAUCACGACAGCACAGUCAUGGCGCACGCUCCAUCCAGGAGACGCGACGAUCGCACUAAUUGCACGUCUGCCUGCGCUGUCGACGCUGAACGGCGGCAUGAUCCGCCCAGAGCAAAGGCGUGAUGCGGAGGUGUACGUCCUUUCCAAAUACGUGGAAGCGUCCACGGUAUCGACAUGGGCAGCGGCGUCGACGAAUGCGGCGGUGCCACUCCCAAGAUUCGCGGACCUGGCCGCCAAGUACAGAGACUCAAACGCUACUAUGUCUGCGUCUGCUGCUCCGGAUCGCGCAGCAGGCGUCCAGAGACCAGCAAAGGCGACACUGAAGAGCAAGCUGCUCGAUUUGCACAUCAUUUUUCUCUCUCAACCACCGUCAUCCGCGGGUCACGUCGCUGGCUCCGCCGGUGGCGAUGGCGCGCGAGAAGCAGCACUGCGCAUCGUGCAUGACUCCUCGCUCAAACUCCUGCUCUCGACACCCCUGCGCAUGGUACGUGCUAAGCUUGCGCGGCUCGCACCGCCGCCGCCACUUGCCGUGUCCGAAGCUGGAGUACACAGAAGAUCGGUCGUGGCUGGCAGUAGCUUGCAAAUGUGGGCUUUGCUUGGAUCCGGAGUCGAGGAUCAGCCUGAAGGAUCAGCCGACGGCAGUCGCAAGCGCGAGAAGGACAACGACGAGAACGAGCAGCGUGAAGCAGCGGAACGUGCGCUGGUCAAGGGGCUUGGCGAGCUGCCGCUCAUGCCGCUCGAUGACGAUCACCAACCAUUAGACCACUUUGGCGUCAGCCAGCACGAUUGUAUCCUAGUAUAUCAUACACCGCAUCCCUAGCCGC